AGCCGGCCCACAGAACCUCUGAAUUCCGCCCAACACAAAACGCAGAGAUCAGACCAUCAUAUUAUUGUGCAACCAAUUCCAUAAACACAACACAAAUUCAUUUUGACUCCAACCUUCUUUCUUUCUUUCUUUCUUGUUCACUCUUUACUCUCUAGGGUUGGUUUAUCUUCCUCACCUGCCUUUCUCCUUCCUAUCCUAUUCCUAGCCCUAGAGCUGGAAAUGGAAGCAAUGAAGGCUACAAUGGUCCGAUCUCACUUACUUAGCACAUCCGGACCCUCCAAUAUAUUAUCCAGGUCGUCGCCAGCCAACGGCCCCGAUUUUGUGCGUUUCGGUACCAACUUCCACUCCUCAAUUAAGCAUUACACUUCAAUUUCUCACUCAAAGUUGGCGCAUAAGAGAUUGGGUUUCGGAAAUAGGAGAUGCUUGGUGGUUAGGGCGUCAUCGUCUCCAGACUCUGUGGGUUCGACUGAGUCUCCAAUUGCUCCGCUUCGGCUGGAGUCUCCAAUUGGGCAGUUUUUGUCACAGAUAUUGAUGAGCCACCCGCAUCUUGUUCCUGCUGCAGUUGAGCAGCAGCUUGACCAGCUCCAAACUGACCGUGAUGCUGACAUAAAGAAAGAUGAUCCUUCUGCUUCUGGCACCGACCUAGUUCUAUACAGGAGAAUUGCUGAGGUUAAGGCUAAUGAAAGGAAAAAGGCUUUGGAAGAGAUUUUGUAUGCACUGGUGGUACAGAAAUUCAUGGAUGCCAAUGUUUCUUUGAUACCUGCCAUUUCACCCUCUUCGUCGGAUCCUUCUGGCCGAGUCGAUGUAUGGCCAAGCCAAGAUGAAAAGCUUGAGCAGCUUCAUUCUCCUGAAGCCUAUGAGAUGAUUAAGAACCACUUAGCUCUGAUUCUGGGGAACCGUGUGACUGAUUCAAACUCUGUAGCACAGAUUAGCAAACUAAGGGUUGGCCAAGUCUAUGCAGCAUCUGUAAUGUAUGGCUACUUCCUUAAGCGGGUUGACCAGAGGUUUCAGCUUGAGAAGACAAUGAAAAUCCUUCCAAAUGUAUCAGAUGUAGAAGAGAGUGAUAUUCAGCAAGUUGUGGGGGAGAGCAUGAGACCCAAUGGUGGUGAGGAGGGCUCUUUCCAAGCGGCAUCAUCCCAUGCUGAAGUCUCUUCCUGGUCUGAUGACAUCAGUCCUGGGGGGUUUGGUCAGGGAAUAAAGCCAUCUCGAUUGAGAAAUUAUGUGAUGUCUUUUGAUGGGGAGACGCUUCAGAGAUAUGCAACGAUAAGAUCAAAAGAGGCUGUUAGCAUCAUUGAGAAGCACACAGAGGCAUUGUUUGGUAGACCUGAGAUUGUCAUAACACCACAAGGAACAGUGGAUUCUUCGAAGGACGAACUCAUCAAGAUUAGCUUUGGUGGUUUAAAGAGACUUGUCUUGGAGGCAGUUACUUUUGGUUCUUUCCUCUGGGAUGUUGAGAGCUAUGUGGAUUCAAGGUACCAUUUUGUUUUGAAUUGAGCUAUGUUUACUUACAUCCCUGCCAAAGCAAAUUGGUGGUGGUGCACAACUGACCACCCUAAAUGGAAUAGGUGAGUGUAAUUUGGUGAUAAGUACCGAGUAUUUGGCACUAAUUGUUCUGUAUAUAACAAUUGUUAUUCUAAUCUUCAGUAAUGAAUAAAGAUGGUUUAUUG